AUGUGGACAGUAGUUGCGUCAGCAGAUUUUGAAGCAAUUGUUAGUGGUCAACGACAGUUACUGGAUGAAGGUCAGUUCACAAAGGCUAUCGUCAAUAUCCUCAAGCAGAUUGGAGGUGAGAAAAAUCAACAAGCCGGAACGAGAAGUGACUUAGGAGGUACAACAAGAGGUGGCUCAAGAGGUUCUCAAGACAACGGAAAUGGUGCAUCGCUUGUGAACGUCUCGAUUUUGCUGGCAUUCCUUGCCGUCAUCUUACGAUUUCUCUAG